AUGUCCUCCCAACGGCGUUACCGGCACGGCGAGAGCGGAGCCGGCUCUGGUCGCACCGCUGGUGCACGCGCUUACAGUUGCUGCAACCCACAAAGCAUGGGCUACAUUAAGAAAAUAGUGGAGAAGAAAAUACCGGGGAUUUAUGUCCUGUCUCUCAAGAUUGGAAGCAACUUGAUACAGGAUAUGGAGAACAGCUUCUUUAUGAAUGUGAACGAUCAAGUGAGGGAGGUGUGCAGCCAACUCGCAGAGGACCCUCACCUGAAAGGAGGCUACAACGCAAUGGGCUUCUCCCAAGGAGGCCAGUUCCUGAGGGCGGUGGCCCAGAGGUGUCCUUCUCCUCCCAUGCUCAGUCUGAUCUCCAUUGGGGGGCAGCACCAAGGCGUGUACGGCUUUCCACGCUGUCCUGGUGAGAGCUCCCAUAUCUGUGACUGGAUCCGAAAGACGCUGGAUCUGGGCGCCUACACGCAAGCUGUUCAAGAGCACUUGGUACAAGCAGAGUAUUGGCACGACCCUCUGAAGGAGGACGACUACAGGAAGAACAGCAUCUUUCUGGCUGACAUAAAUCAGGAGAGGGGCAUCAAUGAGACGUACAAGAAAAACCUGAUGGCUCUGAAAAAGUUUGUGAUGGUGAAAUUUCUCAACGACACCAUGGUUGACCCGCCCAUCUCUGAGUGGUUCGGGUUUUACAAAAGUGGGCAAGCCAAGGAGACUGUCCCGCUGAAGGAGACCUCGCUGUACACGGAGGAUCGCCUGGGGCUGCAGGAGAUGGACAAAGCAGGAAAGCUGGUGUUCCUGGGGGUGGAAGGGGAUCACCUGCACUUCUCAGAAGAGUGGUUUUACACCACUAUCCUCCCCUUCCUCCAGUGAAGCUAAGGGGAGGCACGGGGGAGCAUCUACCACUGUAGUUAAUGCAGCUGCUACUGUGCAACAG